AUGAGCUCAAUGGCAGGCGCUUUCACACUCUCUCUCGACCCUACACAGGUCGGCUUCCUGGAUGACGGGUCGCAAAACGACUAUGAUCUCGCUCUAUCUCCACGAUCCGACGAUAUCAGAGCGAUGCUAGGCUCUAAUGACUUCUCCUACGACCUUGAUACAUCAGGAAUAAUUGGCCGGAAGCAAGAUAUUAACAAGACACCAUUGUUUAAGCAGCCGUUCUCUGGUUUUGAGGCAUGCGCUUCGGCGUUUUCGUCGCCUCCCCUUGGAGAUACCAACAUCUACAACAGCUCAUACCACAUGGAGGCUACAAUUCCGUGGGAAACUGAUUGCAUGUUAUACCCAUCUCUACCACAGCGCAUGGUGAGGUAUGCCUCUCCAUUUGGGUCCUGCGGAGGAGACCAGUCCACAUCAGACUCCUCCAUGAGCGAGUACUCAUGGCACUCUCCUAAACUGUACCCCAGUGUCAAUGAUGUAUUCGACUCGCCAGUCAACGAAAAAUAUCAAUACUCCGAGGGCAUCGACAACGCUUUGUCUCGAAGCCUAAGUGGCUCUCAGUUCGGAAGCGAGUGCUCCGUUUCACCUAAAGAUGUACAGCAUUAUCCAGACCCUGUUCCCGCACAAAGUCCUAUCUUCGAAGACCUGAUGAUCUCCAACAAGGCUCCUCGGUCCAUCCCUACUUUUAUGCCACAGGCCCUCUCCAUCCAGAACUUGGACUCACAACUAAACCAGGACGACAUGGUGUUUGGGGAGCACCUGCAAUCUGAGGACAAUGAAAUAGUUGACCCGGCACUAGGCGAAGCCUAUGGUGACCACCAGGGUAGCCUUUCAGGAAUCAACACUGCGGCAUUUUCCGGUUUCACCCACAAGCGGGUGAAGUACAACGAAAUGAAAACAGAGAGGACCGCCUCGAUACCAAGCCCACCACUAUCCCCCAGCGGCAGCGAGAGUGGUGUGCGCAAAAACCGAGCAAAGCCAAAGCAGAGACAGUCACCAAUCAGCAAACGUACGAGCAGACGAACCCCAUCCAAGAGCUCAAGUUUCAGCAUUCCUCGAAACCGUCAAUCGGCGGCAGACCGCAUCUUCUCCUGUGUUUUCGCUCCAUAUGGCUGCACAAGCUCUUUUGCAUCAAAGAAUGAGUGGAAGCGCCACGUUCUAUCGCAGCAUCUACAGCUUGGCUUCUAUCGAUGUGAUAUCGGCCACUGUAAGGUGUCCAGGCAAACCAAUCAUUCCCUAACAUCCACUCCCUACUCCUGUGACUGCCCAGCAUCUCUCUCCUCCGCUCCCUCUCAUUCGUGCACUAUUACUACCAUGCGUACGCCCAACGACUUCAACCGCAAGGACCUCUUCACCCAGCAUCUCCGUCGUAUGCAUGCGCCUUGGCUCACCCUGCCUUCGCCCCAUGAGCCUACCAAGGCCGAACGCGAAGCGUUCGACAAGCAACUCGAUGAAGUCCGAGCCAGAUGCUGGGUACAGCAGCGACAAGCACCCCAAAGGAGCCAGUGCAACUAUUGCAGCCAUGAAUUCGUUGGCCCACACUCUUGGGAAGACCGCAUGGAGCAUGUUGGCAAACAUUGCGAGGUCAUGGAUUCUGAAGAGCGCGAAGACCUUGCUCUACGUGAGUGGGCCAUUGAGGAGGGUGUCAUCCAGCCAUAUGGGCCCGACAAGUGGUUGCUAGCAAGCAUUCUAAAUGGCACCGGAAAGAGGGCUUGUGGCUAUUCCUCAUAA